AUGGCUUUCAGUUACGAAGAGCUCAGUGCUAUUGAGCAGCCUGAGCUGCCUGACGAUGUCGAAAUCGCCAAAAGGCCAAAUACAAGAUACGAUAUAUUGCACUGGCUCCUUCAUGGCAUUCUCCUUUCAGCUAUUUUGACUCUCCUCAUAUGGGGUGGCAUAAAGGCGGAGCCUGACAGCUCUGCCGGUGCAGGCUUCCAAAGAAUAUAUUCGCCGCUGUGGAACACUGUCGUCUACUCUCCCAAGAUUUACGAUCACGCGGACUUCGAGAGCAAAGGGUCUUCAUCGCCAUUCAAAGGCUAUCCAAUGCCAGAACUCGACCAAGCCUGGGCAGGAAUUCUGAAUCAUAGUCUGGUUUUGAUAGAUGAAGACGCGAUGAACGCCCUAGGCCAGCCUACUCACAACGCCAAGAGAUAUGGAGACAAAUACUUUGCCUACAUCGACGUAUUCCACCAACUCCAUUGCUUAGAUCUCGUACGGAAGUAUAUUUUCCGUGGAUACUACCCUAGUUACAUCGCUUUUCAAGAUACUGAGGAGCGAAUCUUAUUUCACGUUGACCACUGCAUGGACAUAAUUCGACAGAAGAUAAUGUGUGAUAGUGAUAUCGAUGUGAUCGUGUACACCGAUCAUGGCGAUGAAGGAAAACAGCCAAAAGCUCGGUUUGACAUUACGCACAUGUGUCGUGAUUUUGAGGCAAUACAGCAGUGGACUUUCGAUAAUGCUUGGGAUUUUUGA